GUGUAAAUCAAACGCAUGUCCUUCGCUUCUCCGGUAAGCAAAUCAAAGUUUACAUUUAGCUUAAAUUCCAAACAGUAACUAAUAGCAAGCGACAUCUCAGUUUCACAUACUUGGAGGGAGAUUAUGUCGUGCGAAAAUGCGGAUGAAGUAGGUUCCAUCUUGGGCGAAACGUUACAUUCAAAACAUGUCUUCCCGAAAGCGUAAAAAGUGCUCCAAAGAUUUAAAAUGCGUCCUCUUUCCGGAUGAUAUUGAAAGUGGGGUCCGAGGACUUAGAGAACCAUCGGCACUUUCGUCAUCAUUCUCCGCCAGGAGCUGGGACAGAUGCGGAGACAGUUUUUUGGGCUCUCCACUCAUAAAGGAGGAUGUGAAGACAUCAGGAAGAAAACUGUCUGCAGUGCGGAGGUUGGCACAUGCUCCACAUUUAGAACAGCGCCAUGAAGACCCAGUUCACAUUGCAUGGAGCUCCAGCGAGAGUGGCCAGUCUGACAAUGAUGGCACCCAGCAUGACGAGCCUCGGACUGCAAGAAGACCUGUGGAUCCCUUUCAGUCGUACACCAAAUCACUGCACAUGCUCAGCACUGAUAAAGACGAUCCACCUGUUAUAGAGACGGAUAGCGAUCGGGACGGCGAUGACUUUGAAAAGGACACCGGGCAACAAAUCUCUGACUGCGAGUCGGCGUCCUGUGACAACAAACCUGAACACCAUCCGGUUAACCCUACAGAUCUUGAAAUCUCAGGCUACGUGUCCGACGGCGGCAAUGAGGCUGAGACUCAAACCACCAGCAGACUGGAUGUCAAGAGCCCACAUGGACAGACUGGCGAGGGCAGCAAAAGGUCUGUCAGCGACUGGGUCAGGUGCGCUCAUGCCAUGCUGCAGACGCCUCGGAAAGCGUUUCACAGGCAGUCCAAAACCCCUGAGGACUCAGCCAAAAAGAAAAGGAAGUUUCAAAGCGGAGGUCUUGCAGAGAGGCUGAAUCGACUCCAAUGCAGGCAAAGGUCAGCUGUGAGCUUCUGGAGGCACCGCUCCAUCUCGGUCAACUCAAUACAAGUGGAUAGGCCUAGCGUGCUAGUGCUGAAGGUGCUGGAGGUUCAGGAGGAGUGCAGCAUGCAACUGGUGCGCUGCCAGCACCGCCCGCCGAGUCCCGCGGAGGGCCACCAACACGAACUUACACACUAUGACGCUCGAGUGCUGGUGUUGUUCUGCAAGGAGACGGCUGCCCAUCUGAGUCCUGCUCCCGCAGACAUCAUCCACGUAUACCCACCAUGGCAAAGUCUCUCCUUGGAGAAUUUCGGCUGUGAUAUAAUUCUCAACACGCACUUUAGUCGGAAAGUCAGCAACUCGACCUCCCAUCCGGCUGACAUGCUACCAAGAGGCCUGCUCGCGGCCAAGAGGGUCAUGCCUUAUCCUCUGUGCGGAACAUUCGGGAUGUUGGAAGUUUGCAGGGAUUCUAAGAAAAAUGAUACCAAACAGGUAGCUGCCACUUAUGGACUUCCUGGUGUCCUGCCCAGAUGUUGCCAUUCUCUCCUGGAGGCUAUUGAAGGGAUGGGCCAGGCUGGUUCUUUAGGCCAUGAUGUGAUGGUGGUGGUCCAAAGAGUGUACUCCAUCCCUGUGCUGGACUGCUCCCCAGCAUCUCAGCCCAGACUUCCCUCCAGGCCCUCCUCAGCUCCGCCUUCUGCAGUGAAAGGCAAAAGCAGGGUGUGUGUGCUUGUCCAGGACAACUAUGGGAUGUUCAGCGUGGUCCAGCUGCACAUCCUAGCCUGCCAGGAUGACCUGCGCCAGUACCGCCACAAGUGGCAGGGAAAGACCUGCAUGCUCAGAGAUGUUAAGGUGGUGCAGCGCGUCACCCGAGAUAGGCGCUCCAGUCUUUUCAGCCUGAUAGACAGCCUGUGGCCCCCGCUGAUGCCCCUUCAAUGUCAUGGAAACACACCAAGUAGUCGUCCUGCUGGCCAGGCUCCCAGCUUCUGCUACCUGCUGUCGGGUCAGGAGAGCUCAGUGGAGCCUGUCGAAGGUCACAGUGUGUCACCACUCCACCUUGCAUCCACAGAACAAACUUUACGAGACAUACUGCAGAAUGAACACAAAAUUUACUGCUGCAGUUUCGUCGCCGCCGUUGUGUACAAGAGAGUACAGAGCAGCCAUGUAGGUCAAGGUGAGGUUUGGCUGGUGAUCACAGACCCGAGCCUGCAGGACGGGCCGCUUGGAAGGUCGUGCAGGCGGACGACGGGCGUGCACGUAAACACUUCCUGUGUGCUCACUUCCUCGGUCCAUAAAGCACUCGGGUCCUCUGCUAUGUGCCGACUGUCAUUCAGAGACAUCAUCAAAGACCAUGAUGUUUUCCAGUGUGUGGAACAUUCCGUCAUCGAUGUCACGUGCGAAGAGGCGCUUCAUGGCAACGGUGUGGACUCUGCAGUCGGACCGCAGUCACCUUCAGGCUUGUCGCCCGACCCCCCGGCCCAACCUGUGAGACUGGAUCCACUUGAUGCGGAGGUCACAUCCAACUCGCUGUGCACACUAACAGGUGUGAUAGUGGGUGUGGAUGAGAGCGCUGCCUAUUCCUGGCUCACAUGCAGCUGUUGUGGAAGCCACCAAUUAGAGACGAUACCUCCAAGAGGUCAAAGAUUCCGCUGUCUCUCGUGCAAGUCACAGGUGGACAUGCCUGAAACAAAAAUUCAAAUGGAAGUCUUCCUCUGCUCUGCUUCUUUGCAAAAUUGCACUAUAAAGGUUAAGCUGCAGCAAAAGACGAUCAUGUCCCUUCUUGACACGGCCGCGCUGGAUCGUACAGCGUUCCCAGCGUAUAACGUGGACAGCGUGCUGGGAAAAGAGCUGGGCCCCCUCACGGUUUACGUCCACGUGGUCACCAGGAGACCUUCUCUGUGGAUCCGCCUGGAAGAAAUUUGCCUCUGAGUGAAAGAGGAGAAGAGACCCCCUGCUGGAAGGCAUCCUCGCCCUACACCACGUUCCUGCUGCAGGAAGAGAGGUAGUGUUUGUGUCAGUGAUGUGGUGGCGCCGCAGCAGUUGACAGGCCACCAGCAUGCGUCCUGUCAAAACCGCCCACGUGUUCCAUUUAGCCCGCCAAUACCUAAACCUUGUUGGCGUCAAUAAACGCACUGA